UACAUACGGCUCUCUCAUAGACAGUCCAUUGUACCUUUCGGCUGCGCUCGCAUCCGACACACGACAACAUCAUGGCUUCUACGUCCGCUAGCCAGCGUAUCGAGGAAGCAAAGUCACUUGCAUCCAAGGACCCUGCCAAGUCCGAGCAAAUAUAUCGGGAUGUGCUAUCAAGCGGCGUUGGUAAAACUGAAUCGGCCUCGAGAGACUACGAGGCAGCUUUGGUUGGGCUGGGAGAGCUGUAUCGGGAUAACAAGAAGGCCCAUGAGCUUGCUGAUUUAAUCAAAUCGAGCCGAGAUGCCUUUUCUUCUUUCGCCAAAGCGAAGACAGCUAAGCUGGUGCGACAGCUCUUGGAUUUGCUAAGCGAGAUCCCGAACACGAUUGACAUUCAAGUCGCCGUCAUCAAAUCAUCGAUAGAAUGGGCAGUCUCCGAGCGUCGAUCCUUCCUCAGACAGAGCUUAGAAACACGUUUAGUGGCGAUUUACAUGCAAAAGCAGUCGUACUACGAUGCCUUGACUUUGAUCAACUCCCUGCUUCGGGAGCUGAAACGGUUGGACGACAAGGUUGUACUGGUCGAGAUCCAGCUCUUGGAAUCACGAGUCUACCAUGCUCUUGGGAACCAGCCCAAGGCUCGCGCGGCAUUAACUUCAGCUCGUACAUCGGCUUCAGCCGUCUACACUCCUCCUACUUUACAGGCCGGUCUCGACAUGCAAAGUGGAAUGUUACAUGCAGAAGAUAAAGAUUUCAACACGGCGUAUUCGUACUUCAUUGAAGCUCUCGAGGGAUAUAGCUCCGUUGAUGACACAGAAAAAGCUACUGCAGCACUGCAGUAUAUGCUACUUUGCAAGAUCAUGCUCAACCUCGUGGAUGAUGUGACGAAUCUGCUUGGCUCAAAGCAAGCGUUGAAGUAUGCAAGCACACGGCUUGAAGCUAUGAAAGCUGUUGCUCGUGCCCACGCAAACCGGUCUUUGGAAGAGUAUGAAAAGGCGCUUUCCGAUUACCGAUACGAGCUCGGUGGCGACGUCUUCAUCCGUAAUCACCUCCGCAGACUUUACGACGCCAUGUUGGAGCAGAAUCUCAUCAAGGUCAUUGAACCAUUCAGCCGAGUAGAGAUUGAUCACAUUGCCAAAAUGGUUGGCUUAGAUACUCAACAAGUGGAGAGGAAACUGUCUCAGAUGAUCCUAGACAAGGUCAUCGUGGGCGUGUUGGACCAAGGAGCUGGCUGCUUGAUCGUUUUCGAGGAGACAGAAAGGGACAAGGGCUAUGAUGCAGCAUUGCAGACGAUUGAGAAGCUAAACAAUGUGGUGGAGGUCUUGUACGCCAACCAAGCGUCCCUGUUGGAAUAGGCAUUUUAAGGUGAAUAUGAGGACCUGUGAAUUCAUGUUUCGAAUUAAUUUUACCUUGUUCGGAAUAACAUUUAUAAUAGACGUAUGAUCAUCACCGCCCGCCAGCUCUUACAUAAGAGCAGGUCUCGCUGUUCUGACACUUUUCUCCCAAUUUGUUCUGUUUCAAAUCCCCCAUGCGAUUACGCCCCUUGUGUCGUCUGAAUACAAGAAUGUGCAGUCUAUUUUCUCUGAUUUAUUCAUUGAAAAUUGCCGCUGUGCUCUUUUUCCACCGCCUGUGCCCCGUUGGCUUGGACUGGACAUGGCUUACUGUGCAUACUAGUACCUCAGCAUUGAAAUAGGCAAUGUGGUCGUAUAUGGAGGACGAACGGAGAGUGCUGCAUCAUAUUUAGAUUGCGUGAUACAGAAAAAGAAAUUCAGAGAAGUAUACCAAAUCUAUGAUAACCUAAUUCCAGAUGUUAGUUAUUUUGAGAACAGUAUGAGACUUCCGCCAAUCCAGAUCAGACCAACCUUGGAAUUAUCGACUCGCCGAUUUGAUUUCCAAGA